GUAACAACAUGAGUCAGUUGGUGGUGAUUUUCACACUGCUCCUGGUUUCGGCGACCGCAGCUGUCCCCGACGUCUCACAGAUCCUGACAUCUGUCGUCGUGAAUCCGUAUGUGGACUGGAAUGGCACUGAGUGCUUGGGAACCACCCCUGGAGACCGUGUAUGCAACUACAACUGCGAGAAGGUACUGCUCUGCCAAGGGGAAGAACAAGCUAUUGAGUUGCUAACAUGUCAGGACAACUACGGAUGCGUUCGUGGGGAAUGCGUCGAAGGCGAAUCGGAGUGCGAGGCGGGAAACGACCCCAUCACGUGUACAGGCGAGGGGCUCUUCCCUGACCCUUACGACUGUACCAAGUUCCACAUCUGCAAGGCGGAGGGAAACUCUACCGUAAGAUACUGCGAGGACGGCUGGGCUUACAACCCACUUACAGGCGUUUGCAGUGAACAGCUAACGGGCAGCAUAUGCAGCAGCCUUCCCAUCGUGUGCGACGCCCUAGCCGAUACCAAUACAUUUCCUGGAAACCCAAGCAUCUACUACAUCUGUGUCAGCGACACACUUGGUAAAAUUUACCCCUCUUUGUACAGAUGCCCACACGGAGGAAUUUACAACCCGAGCACCUACCAAUGCAGCGAUGGCCCAACAAAUUCGGCAGCGACGGGCUCUUCAUCAUCGUCCUCAGGCGUAAAUUAGUCACCGACCACGACGUCUGGCAUGGGAUCUGGCACCCUUUCCUCUGUGCCUCCCAGCACGACACAGCCCUCGUCUUCGGACACCCCACUUACACCUUCACCCACUAAUUCGUCACCGACAACACUGUCACCUGACGCAACAUCUGGCACACCUCCCACCACACCUGGCAGCAUGGCAGGGCCUACGUCUGCAGACACACCGCCAGCAACGUCUUCAGCCACAGGAUCGUCACAGCCAACAGCGUCGUCCGACACGCCUGGCACUCCCCCUACCGUGACUGCCAGCACAGCACAGACUACAGCUCCGGACGUGCCAACAACGCCCUCACUGACGUCCCCUUUGCCCAGCACGACUCCUCCCUCCACUGGCGGCGAGUGUUCCAACCCGCUGGAAAUCGUUCCAGACCCCAGUGACUGCUCCAGCUACUACGAGUGUCUCCCAAUGAAUAAGUGGACGCACAUCGAAUGCAUUUAUGGAUAUUACUUCAAUCGAGACGGGGAGAAGUGCCUUUAUGGUUCUUGCCCUUACACUUUGUGGUGAUUCCUACCUCUGGUGAUACAUCAGAAUAUAUUUCAGAGAGUAAUUCUGGCUCAGUUCUAAUAACUACCUUAACUGUGACACUUGUAUUUCAUUUAGUUAGCUGUCUCAGCCAAGAACAGAAAUCGUUGU